UCGCUUUGGAGAUUUACGCCGUGGAUUCCAGAGGUGUGCGCUUUCACAGCCGCACGAUUGUCGUUGAAUUUAAUUCAUUUGUCACGCUCGUGUGCACUGGUAGUGGUGUUGACAAACCUAUACUAUGGGAGCACAAGCAUUCUGCUCAUGAGGUCUUUUACCGAGUGGAACUCUCCGAGUUUGUUUCGGUCGAACGCAAAUCUGAUCAAGAGCUGCGGCUUGCCUUGACCAAGACGCGUUUUGCAACGGCCGGCAAAUACCAAUGCAUUUCCAAAUUUUUCAAGACAUCAGUUACUUUACAAGUGCUUAAUGGUAAUCUUGAGUUCAAAAGUGCAUUCCGAAAAGCCAUCGGCUCUUUAGGCAUACAUGCUCAGACGCGAAAAAAAGUAGUGUAUGUUGGGAAAUUUCAGCUAAUGGUUCAUAAUCUUGACCUGGAAGUAGAGCCAGGUUUGGUAUGUAAAUUUGGUAUUGGAAGUCACACUAUGAAUGAUAUCAACGUUAUCUGGACUGGUGGACUUUACGCUACCAACCCAGAGCUAUAUGAACGAACCUUAUUCAUUGGCAGCGACGGAAACCUUGUCAGCUCUCUAAUGCUGCGUCGGGCGAGUACGGAUAUCAGACUAUACGGGAAGUACACAUGCGACCUUGUCGUUGAAGGAACUAAGACAAACAGUUUCGAUAUACUGUUAAAAUUUCCUCCGUUUAUCCCAAAUCCAAUGCAACUCGUGUACCUUACUUACGGUGCAAACUUCUCCUACACGUGUAACGUCAUCGUUUAUCCCCCUGUCAACAUAACAAUCACGUGGGCCAAAGAUCUGAACCGCAUCAACGAAUCCAACCAAAGGAUAGUAUUCGGUACUGAAAAGAUCCCUAACGACCGGAUAACCAUCAAGGCAAUCAGCUUAGAAGACUUUGGAGUCUAUUCAUGUUUUGCGCAAACCAUUCAAGGAAACAGAACGGGUGUUGUCCGUUUAAAAUACAGAAGUAAGCCUCGAACGAACAUUUUCUUUCGAAGACCCAAAAUGUUGCUGUUGGGGAGUCGUUUUUUGGUCUGUCAAAUUAUCCAGAGCAGCGGUUUUU